UUCUAGCUAAUGGAGGAAGUUUAAUUAGUCAAAAUUGGGGCAAAGAACUGAAUAUAGUUCUUGAAAAUUCCCAAUUAUUUUCUCAAUAUGUUAUCCAAAAAAUAUUUUUAAAGAGAAUUAUGGCACCAGCCACAAUCCCUAGUUGUUGUUUAACUGCUGAGCAAAAAGAUAUUCUCAUAGAUGCGGUCCAUGAACGACCAGUUAUUUGGGACUGUUCUAUACCUGAUUAUCAAGAUGUUCAAAAUAGAAGGGCUGCGUUUGCUGAAGUAGCUGAAAUACUUUCUGAUGAUAAAUCUAAAUAUUCUGGACCAGAAAUGCAAGUUGAAUGGAAAAAGUUGAGGGAUAUUUUUAAUAGGACUUUAAAAAAGGUUGUAGCUAAUGGAGGAAGUGAUUCUGAAAUUACUUGGCGUUAUUGGCAAAAGUUACAAUUUAUUGCCGAUCAUGAACGUACACAAAUUUAUAAAGCAAUGCAAAAAUGGAGUAAGAAAGUUCCUUCGUCAUUAUCGUUAUCUCCACCAAUUAAAUCAAAUUUUAAUAAUUUAAAAAGAAGAUCUUCAAAUCUUUCAUCCCAGUCAACAAAUAAUCGACGUUUUAAUAAAAUCUCUGAUGGGAAAAGAACAACAUCAAUGGUACAACAACUAGCUGAAGUUGCACAAACAGCCAGAGAACUUUUAGGAAUUGAAACUAAACAAGAAGAGAUUGAGAAAUUCAAAGAAGAAAUUAAUGAAGAAGAAGAAAAAUAUAAAUUAAUUAAUGAAGAUGGUGAAAUUAUUGAUGAAGAUGGAAGGGAAGAAGAAAAGGGUAAUAAUUGUGAAGCAAUAGAACAACAGCAGCAAAAAAUAAAUAGUAAAAAACAAAGGAUAAAAGAAUUCAAUAGCAUUCAGGAACAACAACAACGUCCUAUUGAUACAAUUGGCCAAAUGCUUUUACUUGGUUCACAAUUACAAAAUUCAUCUUUUAAUGGGAUUGAUUGUUCAUCUAUUGGAAAUGAUAAUAAUCAAACGUCAACUACAUGCACAACAACAGAAUUAAAUAAAACAAUAGAUAAUAAUGACUUACCAAAGUUAUUAAAUGAAUUAUUAUCUAGAGGAACAGAGAUUAUAGAAACAACAAAAGAAUGUUUCGGAAGAACAAAAUGGCCAAUAAAUUCACAAAUUAAAAAUGAAGGAACUAAAAGGCCACAUGUUGAAGAGCAACUAAAAAAUGAAUGGAAUUAUUGUAAUGGUAGCAAUAUAAAGGCAGAACAACAUCAAUCUAUAAUUCGAACACAAAAACAAACAAGUGGUUCAGAUCAAUUUGAUGUUUUUGGUAAUAUUUUUUGA